UUAGGAGUCUGUGGUCACUUUGCUUUUGAUGUAACUGGAGCAAGAAUGUGGAGGCCAGUGUCCGUAGUUCCUCUGAUCCUGUUUGCCGUGAUGCUGAUGGGCACUGCGGCCAAAAAUUGUGUGUGCAGCUCAAGGUGCCACUGUAAAGGAAAGAAUGGCAGCAGGGGAGACAAAGGCAUUGCUGGCGUUCCAGGUCUCAAAGGGUCAACGGGUCGUCCAGGAAUCGAUGGUCAUCCUGGACCUAUGGGACCAAAGGGCAACACUGGGCCUGAUGGACCUGUGGGGCCAAAAGGCGAUCCGGGACCUCAAGGUAAAGAAGGAUAUGGUGGGACUCAUGGUGUGCCGGGUAUCCCAGGUUUACAAGGGCCUCUGGGACCCACAGGGGCCCCAGGCUGCAAUGGGACAGAGGGAGACGAUGGACUUCCUGGUAUCGCCGGGGCCCAUGGCAUUAAUGGAAAUCCAGGUCAAGAUGGUCUGCCAGGACCUAAGGGUAUAUCUCAGGUAUCACAUGAUGCAAUACCAGGGCCACCUGGACCACGUGGGAGGGACGGAGAGCCGGGAGAUUUAGGUUUCCCUGGAGAGCCUGGACCAGAAGGGAACCCUGGACCACCGGGCUCUGACGGAAGUCGUGGUCGCUCAGGGGGUCCGGGAGCAAAGGGACAAGAAGGCAAAGGCGGUAUCCAAGGACCUCGUGGGCCAAAGGGGAGACAGGGACCAAUAGGCCCACCAGGGUCUCCGGGUCGGAUUAAGGAGUUCUUCACAGAGAGUCUUACAUUAAAGGGUGUAAAGGGAGACAAAGGAGAUGUAGGUGGAAAAGGCUGCAAUGGUGCACCAGGACUCCCUGGUUAUGGCUCUUACACCAAAGGAGCAAAGGGAGACAAAGGACCGGAAGGCCCAGAAGGAAAGCCAGGGAAGGAUGGUGAACCUGGACAAUCUGCAUUAAGGGGAAGCCCUGGCCGCAUAGGUGAUCCAGGAUAUCCAGGGACACCAGGAGGGACGGGUGAAAGGGGAAAUAGGGGUCUACAUGGUCCACCUGGAGAUAUACUUGUGACUGAGCCACUAAAAGGAUACCAUGGAGAUCCUGGUCCCCCAGGCCCACCUGGGCUUCCCGGGCGUCAGGGUGUUGUGGGGUUUCCUGGACCUGAUGGACCUCCAGGCCGUGCAUCUGGGAUUUAUGUGCCAGGCCCACCUGGUCCCACUGGCUUCCCAGGCCCAAAAGGGGACCCUGGAGAGCCAGGUGAUAUUUAUACUGGACUCCCUGGUCUUGAUGGGGAUGUUGGUGAUCCAGGGCCCCCUGGGGAUUCAGGCCCACCGGGACCUCCUGAAGACAGAACUAACAGGAUUACCAAGGGAAUCCCAGGAAUGAAGGGAAUAAGGGGUAUACCUGGACCUAUGGGAUAUGACGGGAAGUAUGGAACUAAAGGAGAGAAAGGCGAGCCCUGUUAUGUGUGUGGAUCAGGACCCCCAGGACCACAGGGUCCCCCUGGUCCCACAGGUAUCCCAGGCUACAAUCAAGGACCAGGUGCUAAAGGUGAUCCAGGUUUCCCAGGACCUAGAGGCUCUCCUGGAAGACCAGGUGCCAUUGGUGAAAGGGGAUUUCCAGGCCCCCCUGGGCAAAAGGGAGACUCCUCUUCCUAUGACAUCCCUGGGAUAAAGGGAGAAAAAGGAGAUCCAGGUCGGCCUGGCCAGCCUGGUUUAGAUGGCCGCCCUGGGAGCCGUGGGCUACCAGGUCGCAAAGGCUAUCAAGGGUCUCCAGGGGAUUCAUAUCCCUCCACUGGUGCAGUGGGUGACCGUGGUUUCCCAGGUCAACCAGGGCCCUUAGGCAGACCGGGACCAGUUGGCUACCCCGGGCCAGUGGGAUAUGGACCUGAUGGAUUUCCAGGAAGUAAGGGAGAUGUCGGGGUUCAUGGCUUUCCAGGACAGCCUGGAAGUCCGGGCCAGAAAGGGGAACCUGGCCACAUCUAUUCCAAGGGACUUCCUGGUCCACCUGGAUAUAAAGGUCUUCCUGGCCUACCUGGAAGUCCAGGUUAUCAAGGACCUCCAGGUACUCCUGGAACACCAGGUUUACCAGGACAGAAAGGAGAAAGAGUGACAUUUCCAGGAAGCCCUGGGGUCCCAGGGCAGAAAGGCGACAAGGGGCAGCCAGGUCUCCCAGGCUUUACAGGAAGGGGCUUGCCUGGUCGGCAGGGUCCACAAGGCUCCCCUGGUUUUCCAGGACUGAAGGGUGAUAGUGGCCCUGGAUACCCUGGACCCCUCGGCCCCCCAGGGCUUCCAGGAGACAACGGAGUUCAGGGAUUUGUGGGAGAUCCUGGGAUCCCUGGCCUACCUGGGAACCCGGGAAUACCUGGCAACCCUGGUUUGCCAGGAGAAAAGGGACGGAAAGGUUCUGUAGGACAACCAGGAUUACCUGGUGAUAAAGAUUCAUGUAAAGGUGGUUUAGCUGGACCAGCAGGACCACAAGGACCAGAUGGUUAUCCAGGACAUCCAGGACUGAAUGGUUCACCCGGUGAGAAGGGGAAUAUAGGUUUGCCAGGGUUUGGUCAACCUGGGCCCACUGGUGAGCCUGGUCUCCCUGGGGCAUCAGUACCAGGUUCACAUGGGCCUCCUGGACCAAAAGGGAUCAAGGGACAAAGUGGCCUGCCUGGUCAACCAGGACUCAGAGGUGACCCUGGACCAGAUGGGAUAUCAAGAAAUGGACCAACAGGAUUGCCUGGAAUUAUAGGACCACCAGGCCAAAUAGGUGCACCUGGCCCAGAUGGAGCCAAAGGUUCCAGAGGUCCCCCAGGCAUGAAUGGGGAACUAGGUGUGACAGGCCCUCCAGGCCCUAAAUCACCGUUAGACAAAUUUGACAUUAUUGGGCCCCCAGGGAAUCCUGGUGAUUCUGGUUAUGAUGGUCUACCUGGUCCCCAUGGAGAUACUGGAAGUAUUGGACCAAAAGGGCAGAAAGGGAGACAGGGAGCACCAGGGGACCCUGGACAAAGAGGUGCCACAGGUGAUCCAGGUUUUGAUGGACCAGGGCUCUCAGAAGGAAAUCGAGGACCUGAUGGAUUGCCAGGAGACCCAGGAGUCAGAGGGCCUCCAGGCCCAAAGGGAAUAAAAGGUGAUCACGGUAUCCCUGGGGGGCCGGGUCCAGAUGGUGCACCAGGUUCAACUGGUCACAAAGGAGCUAAAGGAGAGCCAAACUACUAUGGAUAUGGAUUUCCCGGACCAGUAGGACAAAAGGGUGAACCAGGAAAAAACAAUACUAAUGUGUUGAAGGGUCAGAAGGGUGAACCUGGAGCUUUUGGACCUGUAGGUCGACCAGGAAACAGUGGAGCUAAAGGAAACCCAGGACCUGUUCUAAAUGGUUUACCAGGCUAUCCAGGGCCUAAAGGUUCAGAUGGGCCUCCAGGAAGCAAAGGACGCCCAGGACCUAAUGGAGCGCCAGGUAACCUAGGUCCACCAGGUGUCGGUGGUUAUCCAGGUCCUAAAGGCAACCAGGGCAGGGAUGGGAUCCCUGGGCCACCAGGGCAGAAAGGAGAGACGAUCAUAAUAGAAGGGACUCCUGGCAGGCAUGGUGACACAGGUCAACCAGGUCCCAUUGGGAACCCUGGCCCCCCUGGCUUGUCUGUUACAGGGAGUCCUGGAACGAUAGGAGACAGAGGAUCUCCAGGCCCACCUGGGGUCUCUGGUCCAAGAGGACUACCAGGAGCAGAAGGGGCUUGUGUUCCUGGGUCUAAAGGAGACCGUGGCCCACCUGGCAACACUGGUAGCCGAGGCUAUCCUGGCGCACCUGGACCUCCAGGUACCACAGUGUCUGGGUCAAAAGGAAACAUAGGAGACACAGGUCCUACAGGAAGCCCUGGCUAUAAUGGACCCCCUGGAAAUCUAGGCCCUCCAGGACCACCUGGUGGAAGAAACAGACCUGGAGGCCCAGGACCAAGAGGUGAUUCUGGUCCUCCUGGAAUCCAAGGGCGACCUGGUGACAAGGGAGACCCUGGAUAUAUCCCAGGCCAACCUGGUCCGCCUGGGAAGAGAGGUUUUCCUGGACAACCUGGCCUCAAAGGUGAACCAGGAGUUGUCAAUGUGACAUAUGAAACAGGACCUCCUGGCUUACCUGGUCCUCCUGGCAAUCGAGGAUCCCCAGGGAGCACUGGACCAUCAGGACCACCAGGCCAUCCAGGCCAGCGAGGCGUCAAAGGACAGCGUGGUUAUGGCAGAGUUGGCCCACCAGGAUUUACUGGCCACAAAGGAGACAAAGGAAGAGCAGGACUGCCAGGUCCAGAUGGCAGACCUGGAGACCCAGGCCACAAGGGUUUUCAAGGGUUGCCUGGCAAAAGUGGUCCAGGUUUUGUUGACACUUUCCUGAUAGCUAGACACAGUCAGAGCAUCCAUAUCCCUGACUGCCCUCAAGGAACCAGCCUCAUCUAUUCUGGUUACUCCUUCCUCUUCAUCAAUGGAAAUGAGAGAGCUCACGGUCAGGACCUUGGCACCAUGGGAAGCUGUCUCCCUCGUUUCUCCACCAUGCCUUUCCUGUUCUGUGACACAGAAACGACCUGCCGCUACGCUUCUCGUAACGACUACUCAUACUGGUUGUCCACUGACACGCCUAUGCCUGCCAACAUGGUUGCCAUCACAGGGGACAAUCUGGCUUCAUACAUCAGCAGGUGUUCAGUGUGUGAAACCACCUCCAAUGUUAUAGCCGUCCACAGCCAGACAACUUUGCUACCUGAAUGUCCCCGACGCUGGGAGUCCCUGUGGAGUGGAUACUCAUUUGUCAUGCAAACUGGUGCUGGUGCGGAGGGGUCUUCCCAGCCCCUGGUGUCUCCUGGCUCAUGUCUGGAAAGUUUUCGCCAAGUCCCCUUCAUCGAGUGUCACGGCAGGGGCACAUGCAACUACUACCCUGAUUCCUACAGCUACUGGCUGGCCUCCAUAGACCCCAACAACAUGUUCAGAAAAACCAUUCCUCAGACAGUGAAGGGACCUUCUCUACAAAGUGUCAUCAGCCGUUGUCGAGUCUGCAGACGUGGGGACAAUUUUUAACAACAAGCACAAUUUCAAUGCUAUAUGCAUGUAUGAAAGUAUGAGAAAUAUGAGAUAAAAUAGUCUGAGCAUAUAGUGUGCAUAUCUUUUGGUUAAAUUGGUGCCUUCAUGAUGCAGAUCUGUGUUUGAGUCUUAGCACAUUUAUACCAAAUUGCCAAUCAUCUUGUAUGGCAGCUGUUAUAUAAGCUUUGAUGAUAAUGUACAUUGAAGUUAAUUAAACAUUGAGUGUGUCAUUAUAUAUUACAGAGGCUGGAGUGUACCACCAGUGUGUUAUUUUUCUAGUGACUUGACUUGAGGCCCAAGAAAAGCGAGUAACAGCAGUGAUAAAAGCACUGGUAGUAAUCGUAUUAGCAAUAGUAUUACUGUGCCCAAUUUUUACAUAGUCUAUUUUGAAUUGUCAAUACUUUUUUAUAUUGUCAUUCCCCUGUAUCUAAAGUUCGCUUGGAUUUCAACAAAUACACCAAAUUUGUGCAGAUGACAGCCAUCUAUACAGUGCCGAUGUCACUGACAUUGCUUUCUCCCAAGUGACCUGAGAAGACUGGUGCAGUCCAGUCCUUCAGUGACGUAAAGAGUAAGAGGUUACAACAAAUGACUCUGAGGCAGCAUGUUGUAAAUGUGACGCUCUUGCUUUGGAAUUGCUACGUUGUUGUGUUUUCAUUUGUGCUCCUGACUCUAAAAGCAUUUCUCUGAAUUUCAGCAUGUUAAAUGGUGCAUGGAAAGAUGACCUUUUAUGACUCAUACUGCCUGCAACUUUUUCCAAUCCAUUUCUAGAUGAACUGUUGAGAAGUAAAACUGCAAUCAAAAUGCUGCUUCGAGACAGAAAAUGCACAUUAAGAUCUUGUGAGGAUAUAUUGGGAAUUUCUGUCAAUUGGAGGAAAGGAUAUUAAAAUAAAAUACAAAUUAAGAGAAAUAAUGAUUAUUUGUAUGGUAUUUUAAUGUGGCCUGUGAGCUAUUAUCAAAAGCUGGAUGAAUAUAUAAUAGCCUCAUUCCUCUCUUUGUUUUAUUGCAACAUCUUAUUUUUCUCUGCACUUUUCAAUCAGAAAAUCAGUAGUGUAAUAUGCCCCUGAGGAACAGUCAUUCAAGCUUGCUUAUCCAAAUCGGUCACUGAUCGAUAGAUGCAAACUCCCCAUAUAGCUAGAUGCAAAAAGGCACAAUAAUGUCCUUAAACAACACCGUGUUCAAAAUACUGUUUCUGUUUGGCAUGCAGAUAUUCCAAGAUAUCGAUUGCUCGGAGUCUAAAAUAACAAAUAGCUUUAUAUGCUUAUGUAAGCUGACACAAGUAACAGCUGAAGACGAGCUGGACCCUCUUGUGUGAAUUAAAAACCUGUGAAGUAUCA